AGAUUAAUGCACUGCUUCUUUUCUAACGUCAUCAGCGACAAAACACACAUAUAUAAUUAACUGCCCAACAUCAAACAACCAUCUCACUUUACGGACGCUACAGCGCUCUCUUGGCCACGUCUUCGGUUUCUUUGAAGGUACCCUCAAGAACAGUUGAGCUCCAGCAGUAGUAUCACUACCGCCGACUCUUUUGUUCCGUCUGGGUCUUUGACCUCUUUCCGCUCCGCCACAGCACUCGGCAAAGGCAACCUGUUGCUCCAUUCACCGUAGACUCCACUGAAUCAGGGCUUUGUACUGCAUACGGAGUUGGUCUCAGCCUCCUUUCGCGCCCUCCUCUCUUACACUGCUUUUCUGGAACUGUCGUGUUGCUUCUCGUGCUGGGCUGGUGGCAACAGCGCACAACUGAAAAAGGAAAGGAAAGAACCAAGACAGACGCACCUUACAAGGGACAGUAGUGGAGGAAAAGAAAGAACCGGAGGCGAAGGAUUUUUUUCUCGGUAUCUGCCCUCCUUCGUAGUGUUCCGCAGUAGAAGAAGAGAGAGGGAGGAAAGACGUCUGACGUACGCGCUUUUGCUUUUUCCCCGUUGUCGUUCGAGUGGCUGGCCUCCUCACCUUUUCGUGCGGUGCCCCGAUCUUUCUACCUCUACCACUCUGUCUGUCUGACCGCGAAGGCACAUUAGCAAAAGCCUGAAGGGACAAAACAGGGUCGUUCGCACAGAAGAAAGAGGCAAAUCCCACGCGAGAAGAAGUAGCGAGCACGCGCCAACGAACAAAGGACAACGCAUAACGGCGGUUUACAUCUGUCUCGAUUUGGCGUGUCGAAGAUAGGCGUGCGCAAUACAAGGUCGGGGACUGUGCUCCGGACUAUUCGUUCCAUCACUUCCGCAGCCUUCUUCUUUCUUUUUCUCUUCAGAGCUGGGUAGCUCUUUCGAAACAUCACUUCUGGUUUUUGGUUUCUAUUUCCCUCACUGUCGUAAAAAGAUUUUCUGCUUUGUGCUAUCCAUUUUCUGGUAUAUAAACAUAUAAAUAAAUAUAUAUAUAGCUCUUAUCAUUAUUUUCAUCGUUAUUAUUUUAUCAGCUUCAUCUACCAUUUUUUUUUUUUACCUCAGUGGCUUCGCAGGUUGGAGUAUUCCACUUGCCACUUCUGUCGCAACUGUUUUUCUCGGUUUCCUUUUUUUUUCAUUCUUAACCCGCUGGACCUGGCUCACGUACAGCAAAGGAAGAGGAAAUAAAACACAGAAGGAAGGAUUAUGUGAAGGUUUUUCUUGCAUUUUUCCUUUUUAAAGUAUUUUUUUUUUCGGUUUCGAAGCUACACAAGCACCUAAGAAGAAAUGAAACGUCAAUAAUUGGUACUACCUCUCAGUGGUUUUCCGUUUGCCGUCAUCAAAGAGAAAAACAAAGGGUUUUUUUUCUCUGUGUACGGUGAGUUGUUUGUUGUUGUUGUUGUUUUUCGCUCCCCCCUUUCGUUUAAGUUUCGGUACGCCGUUUUUUUUUUGGGGGGGGGGGUUUACCGCACGAUAACUGCUGGUGUUCUAAAAGAAAAAGUUUUUCGCCUCUUUUUUUUGUGUGUGUUUCCCUCUGUUUGAUUAUUUGUAUUUUUUGUUCUUUUCGACGUUCUCAGAAGGUAACACGGACGCAAAUUGCUGCUACGAGUUUCUUUAUUUCUUGGCCGCUUUGCUUUUCUUUUGUGCUUGUGUGUGUUCUGCUCCUUAACCCCCUCCCCCUCCACCACUACCACCUGCGUUCGUAUCUCAUCCCCUUCACUGUUAUCACAGAAUCGUUUGAAAAGAAGGAGAAAACAACGAAAAAGUGUAAAUAUAAUAAUAACUCUCAGCAAAAGAAUAGUCCCCUUCCUCUUCCUUUUUUUCUUGUUCUUGUUCUGUUUUUUUUUUCUGUUUUUGCAGCGUGGCUCUCUUGAUAAAUAUACAAAACUGAAGAAGCGUUGCCUCUUCCGGUAAACGCAUCUCCGAAUUCUCCGCCUCUUCUUUUUUCUUUCCCGAUUCUUUUUUCAACACCUCCCCUCGUUCUCUUGCUUUCCCGCUGUUCCUCGUUUCUCCUUCCGUGUGCAUAAUCUACGUACGUAUUAACCCCUUUGCGCCAGCGCACAUAAUUGUUUUCUUUUCCCCACACUUAAGUUCGUUGAAGAGCAGCACAAGCUGAGUUAGAAGCCGUUGCAGCAUCAAGGGUUGUCUGUCAGAAAAAGAACCGCAGUGUGGAUUUGUUGGUUCUCCGCUCGCUGAUAAUUUCAGUCUUCUUCUGCUAGGUGGUCUUCGCUCUUUCAAAACAAAAAACUGAUUUAUUGGUUGCUUUCUUCUUUCUUUCUCUUCCACGUUCUGUUUUCUUUUCCUGCCCGCAUAUUUUUCUGUCCCAAUCAAUCUCUUCCUUCCUUUUUUAAAUAUAUUUACCAGUUAAAAUUGUUGUUUACUUUCCCUCCAUAUCUAUAUCUGUUUAUCUAUAUCUAUCUAUAUCUGUGUUCUUUCCCCUGACAACUUUUAACUUGUGAACGUACCACAUCGUUUACUUCUGUUCUUCCUACUUACGAUCGCUAUUAUUAUUAUUUUUGCGCAUUAUAUAUAUAUAUAGUUCUCUUCCGUAUCGCACUUCCUGCCAUCACGGCUGCGUUUCAUCUUCCUUCUUCUCUAGAGAUUGACAAGUAGCUUUGGACUUCUGUUGUGAAGUUUUGGUGCGGUUACUAUCAUUAAUACUCUCUUUUCCCCACCCUCACAGAUAAGCUGUGUUCUUUUUCUUUCCCCUUUCUAUAUUUAUAGGCUAUCUGCAACGGUAGCUUGGGUUACACAUUAACAGGAUACUUUCUCUCAAACCCACUCUUCUUUUUUUCCCCCUAUUUUUGUCCCCCAUCUACGUAAUUUGUUUUCCCUCCUCUCUUUUCUCUUGUUUUCUUUUCUAUUCCUAAUUGUAACGCGGUUGUCUCAACGAAAGGACAAAUUUUAACUCUUCUCGAACUUAACCGUCUUUCCCCACUCGCGUUGUUCACUUCUGUCAUCUGACUUCGUACGCUAAGCCCCUCUCCCCACUCUGUUUGAUUUCACUAUCUUAGAAGCCAAAAGAAAAGGGAACAUAUUUUUUUUUGUGUGUUGCGAUCCUGUGUUUUGUUGAUCGAAGGUACACGCAUCGUCAAAACUCUUCUUCGUAUUGUUUUCCUUUUCUUUUUUUACUCCUUUGCUAUACGGCUGCUUUUGAAGCCGCCACACGAGCACCUGCGUCUUCUCAUCUUGGUCUCGAUAUCACCACCUUUAUUUUGAAAACAACCUUCUUCCUUACUCCCGCUACAACGUAAGUGUGCAGGGUUUAGCUAAGUCGGUGACAACGAAAGACACACCAGUAUCCCUCCCUCAAAAAAAGGUAAUUUCAUCUCUUGUUUUUUUUAUACUUCUUUUUCUUUCCUUUAUCUUUUUUCAACCAAUACGUCGUAGAAAUCUCUUAAUAUCUUGUUCGAGUCGAUUGAAGGUGACUUCUAGAGACAUCACUAUCCCCAGGACUUAAAAGGUAAUCGGAAAAAAGGGAGGGAAAAGCACGUGGUAUACCUAACUGCUGUCUUUCUUCUUCUUCUUUUUCGAUAUAUCAUCUCUCUUCUUUUGGUUGAUCUUACCGAAGAGUUUUUGCUGUCUCGCUCUCUCUUUCUCUUAAAGACAGUUGCACACGAUUGUCCUUUCGUUCGAUUUUUCAUACCUUUUUUUUUCUCUUCUUGUUGUCUUUUCGACAUUUAUAGUUCUAAGGUCUUGUCUCUUCGCCCCUCCCCUUUUUUUUUCUGUGUUUCCCGCUCAAGGACAAAAGGUUCGGGGUGUUGAGGUGCUCCAUUUUUCUGUUUCGUGCAUUUCCACGUCAUCUCAUUUUCUCGUACAUUUAACGUCGGUGGUUUCCUCCCUCGCUCAAGUCUUUACUCUUUUCUUUUUCUUCUUCUGUGUGUUGUUGCUUCUGCGUCCUUCGGGAGACGGAGUACCAAUUGUAAACUGCACCUUGGCUAUUCGCUUUUUUUCUUUCUUUUUCUGGUUCCUGUUCAAGCGCGUGCGUGUGUCUGGUGUGAACGUGUGUUUGACAAAAAAAACCGAUAAGAACACUGUCGGAAGGACACACACGGAAGGAACAUCACGACACAACCUGAGCUUCGUCUCUGAUCACCUCUUUUUAUUUAUUUCUUUUCUCUCUCGCAGGUGAUUGGGCGUUUCCUGUGUAUUGAAAUCGAGUGUACUUGUACUUUUGGUUGUCCUGUUGUAUUUUUAGGGAUACCGCUACAACGCCAAGAGCAAAGGAAAAUAUGACGGGGUUUGGCAGCAUGUCCCACUUCAGCGCCGACAACGCAUCUGCACAGGACGCGUUGCCAGCUGCACUGCAGCCACGCCGGUAUGAGUUGCCUUCCACCACCGAUAAGACGCAGUGCAUGGCGCCGGAGACGAAGCUGAAGCCGCCGUCGUACGACAGCCUUUAUUUCAUGAGUGAUGGCAACGCACACGACCCUUUUUCGUGCACCAGCGCUGCACCGCCUUCGCUCUGUGCCAAAAACUUUUUUAUUUCGAACUCCGCCAGUGAUUCGAACCGCGAAAGCGGCUGCCAGGCGAACGAAGAAAACCUUGCCUGCCUCCUCGCUGAGCUCAACAGCACAAACGACACGUUCGGCAGCAAGGACAGCGUGGCGGACAUGGUCGAGGGGAAGUCCGUGUCCAUGCAGUCCUCCUCUACGAACCCAACGAACUACGGGCUAUCGACAACAUCCCUGCAGAUGCGCACUUCUACGUCCGUGCCCAACGCUUCUGUGUCUGAGAUGUCAGCGCCGCUGCAGUCCCCGUGUGUUGCUACCGCCGACGCAGAGGAGGACUCGCACAAACACGAGGAGAUCAUCCAGCGCAACGUGUACAUCUCGGGGCUGCCGUCGUACAUGCAGUCGGGCGAGUUUCGCGAGCUGUGCCAGCGCUUCGGCCGUGUGGAGGCGUCGAAGCUGUGCGUGGAGGGGCCGUCGAACCCGACGAAGGGGUACGGGUUUGUGCUGUACUACAGCGAGGAGAGCGCGACGGCGUGCAUCAAGGGGCUGAGCGGGAGCUACCUGAAUGGACGCUGCCUACAGGCGCGUCUGGCCGACACACACGCCACGCCACACGAGUCCAAGAGACGCAUGCAACCACGACCUCCGUCGCCACCGCCACCGCCGUUUGCGCCGCCGGAGCACAACGCUGCGGAGCGCCAUCGCUUGAUGCCGCACAAGGUUCCGUCCAGCGGCGGCAACAACGAUAAAAUGACAUUGUUUAACGACGACGUCUCCCCGAAAGUGGUCUUGCCGCCUCCGCCUCCGCUGCCGGUUCAGAUUGUGCACCCGGCCAACGCCUUUCUGAUGAAUGCGAACUCCUCGGCCACCUCUGCCGGCACCCCAACUGCUGCGUUUUCAAUGGCUGCACAGCUGAUCCCCGGUGUGGGCCUCGCCGACCCGAGCCACGCGACGAUGCAGGGCAUGUACUACACCUGCGCGCCGCCGCUGCAGGCCUACCAGAUCUCGCCGAUGUCUGGUGGUGCGGAGGGACAGGUGGUGAUGCUGCAGCCACAGCCGACGAUUGUGUACAUGGCGCCGUCGCCCUACUUCACCGCUGCCGCUGCGACAGCGAGAACGAGCAGGUGCGCGGCGCUGCCGAACUCGUCGUUUGGCCAGGGGACGCCGACGCUGCCGCCGCUGAUGUUGUCGUCGACGCCGCCCGCUGGAGUGCAGAUAAUCUCGCUCCCGUCUGCGCCGAGUGCCCUUCCAAUGUAG